GUUAAGAUUUGAGAGAAAUGAAGCUAGAGUGAAAAGAUAAAAGGUAAUUUAUUCACCGGAGAGGUACUGAGUGUCCCUGCUGUGGCUUUCUGACUGGAAUCAGUUUGUCGCACUUUUUUUUUUUCCUGCCGUCGGAACUUGCGCUAACCUCUGGGUUUGAUCAUGACUCCCCAAAAAAGGUUUCUGGGAAGAUGUCUUUCAUUGGCCUGUUCCAGGGGAGACCAGCGCAGCCUUGUCACUGGGGGAUCCUGGAGUCGUUUCAACCAUCAGUGAAACUUUUUUCAGACUUUCUCCUGAAUUUUCCAGAUUGCACAGCUACAGCUGUCCCCAUGACACACAAGCAGCCGUCAAAAAGCAAGUUGGAAAGGGAGAAUACUAAAAUGACUUUUGUUUCAAGCCUUCCACUGCGCCACCAGCUCUUGAGAUGGUCAGCCAAGCCGUUUGUCGCACAGUAGUACCCUGUGACACUUCUGCGCAUACAAUCUGAGAUCUGCCUGUGCUUUAUUACCUCGGUCUACCAUGAUGAUGCUUUGGCUUCUGCUGCUUCUGUCGAUUUGGGUGUGGUGUGAAGGAUCUGACUCCAGUGAACGGAGAAUUGUGGCACACAUGCCCGGAGACAUCAUCAUAGGAGCUUUGUUUUCUGUCCAUCACCAGCCUACUGCUGAUAAGGUUCAUGAACGCAAGUGUGGCGAAGUGCGUGAGCAGUACGGCAUCCAGAGGGUGGAGGCCAUGAUGCUGACGCUGGACCGAAUCAACGCUGACCAAAACAUCCUUCCCAACAUUACUCUGGGCUGCGAGAUCCGGGACUCCUGUUGGCACUCUGCUGUGGCUCUGGAGCAGAGCAUCGAGUUCAUAAGGGAUUCUCUGGUGUCUUCUGAUGAAUCUGAGGACUGGGGUGGUGUGACCUCUUGGGGAGGAGGAGGAGGAGGAGGUGGAGGAGGAGGAGGUGGCGGAGGGGCAGCAACCAUGAAGUGUGCAGACCCAUCUGCUACUCCGAUGCGG